AUGGAGUAUAUCUCUUACUUGGGUUGCGGUUUCUGUAGGUUUGUUAAUUUCUCAGAAAUGGUCCAAAAUUUUGGAUCAGCAUCGAUUCUAUUUCACUUUUUCUAAAAAAUCAAAGACCGAAGUUCCAAUUCAAAAACUUCUUUGAAAACCUAUCGAUAUUUCCAGCUUAUGUUGGUGCUUGUAUUUUUGGAGAUGAAGGAUUAGUUGUGACUUUUAUGCCAAUGUUUGUUCUUCCAAUGCUUGUUUUUGGUGGAUUCUAUAUUAAUGCCUUGAAUAUUCCGAAAUAUUUCAUGCCAUUCUCUUAUAUUUCUUGGUUCAAACAUGGUUUCGAAGCUUUGGAAGAGAAUCAAUGGAAUGGAAUUGAUGAUAUUCCUGGAUGUGGCAAUGUCACAAAUACUGGAGAAUAUUGUCCAGCUUCAAAUGGUUAUCAAAUUUUGCAAAGACGUGGAAUAACAACUCCAAUGGAAUGGAACAUUUUCAUUUUAUUUUCCUCAUUUUUUGUGUACCGUUUUAUUGGAAUGAUUGCUUUGAAUAUUAGAGUAAAGUAUGCGAAAUAAAUAUUUUUAUUUCUUGAAAAAAUGUUAUUUGUUUACACGUGACCCAUUUUUUUUGGAACUUCCCGAAAAAAAAGUAAAAACAAUUUUUAGUGUCAUUUUUUAAUUUAGUUUAUUUCCUAAAUUUGGUCGUGUAAAAAAUCAAAAUAAUAACAUUAUGGAUGAGUAAGUUGAACACAGUACUAUUCUAUUAUAUACUACAGUUAUAUAACAGUAUUUGUACAACGAAAUCUGAUCAAUUUUUUGUGUCACGUUAAAAAUUUUUUUUUCAGUUUUUUAUUUUUGUUUUGUUUUGUUUUUCAACGAGAUAAAAAUCUUGCCACGUCUCUUUUGUCAGAAAAUACGUGGCGGCCUUUUGCUUGUUUUUCUGGAUUUUGUCCAGUCAUUGAUAAUUUUUUGCGUCCGGAAAAUGGUGAGUGAGCAGAACAUCAAAAAUUGAAAAAAUGUUUUUGUUUUCAGAUUUUGCUUCAACAGUAAACCAAUACGCGAUGAUCGAAUGUUUCGCCUCAAUUGAAUCUACGGUAAAUAAUAAAUUCCUCUGGCCAGUUUUAAUUUUGAAUUUUUUAUAGCUGGCUUCAGAAAAAUUGGAGUCGGCCGAUUUACGACUAUUAUCAUCGAAAAACCGAUCGAAUGAUGAUUUUGUGAAGCUGACGUUUCAAUAA